GCUCAUGCGUCUAUCACGUCAAAAGAGGAAUGUUCGUACAAUGAGGGUCUGUGUUGCUCCGCUGUUGCCUCGCUGCACCACACGGACAAACGAUUGUCAAUGGACUAUUGAGACGGAUCUCAAUCGGUUUACGCAACGGCGUCCCCGCGUUUUUGCUGCGUGCGUUUUCCACAACGAGACCCCUUAUUAUCUGGAUGGAAAGAGGGAGAGAGAGAGAACGAGAGAGCGAGAGACAUAAAGGAAUAAUUCCCCAACAAGAUGUCGUGAGUCCCGAAGUUCAGCGGGUUUUGUUUGCCGUUUGUUUGUAGAUUCCGCUAUUUGGCGACAUGUCGCUUACUUUGAAUUUGCGCUCACGCGGCUUGCGGUUUUAAUUAAGUGCGGCGCGUUUGAGGCAAAGUCGGGCGAAAACGUGCCAGCGACGCACCCGUCGGUGGAACUGAACUUGUGCGUGAUAUGGUUUUGAAUCAUCCACGGGGAUUCAUAUCGAAUAUCAGCAUCUGUGAGCAGGGGUGUCGUUGGGCGAGAGCGGAUUCCCCCCAGCUGUGGAUCCACGAGCCCCUCGCGUCCGUGGACCAUUUCUGUUUUAAUUAUGAGCUUUCCCAGUAACGCUCCCGAGGAGGGCUCCAUUAAUACAUGUCAGUAACGCUGGCACUUUCGAACGCCUCUGUGGAACGCAGCACGACUUUAUUCCGACCUCAUCCCACUUUAUAGCCAAGUGUUUUAAAAUCGCCCCAGCUCAUAUUGAUCCGGGUUUGGCGAGUUUCGUGCGCGGGCCAGUGAUCGUCCACGGGCUCCAGCGUGGGACUUUGUGCGCUUCUAGUAUGUUACUUUGCACAUGGGAUCAUAGCUGAGUCCAUGCGCCCACUGUGGUCCAGUACGAGCUCAGCGGACCUCAGUCUCAGUAAAGCUGCCGGGGACCUGCGGGCAUGGGAGAAGCGACCCCUCAGUCUGCUGCAGGAGCCUUCGGUCCCAUGUUGGGCGUCGGGCUGGGAGCUAUGCCCGGUGGGGUCGGCGGCGGGCCGGUGGUGGGCGCCGCCAGGGGCUCCGCGGUGCCGCAGCUGCACAACGCCAUCGUGGAGCGUCUGCGCGCCCGCAUAGAGCUGUGCAGGAGGCACCACUCCACCUGCGAGAGCCGCUACCAAAGGGGCCAGGCCGAGAGCUCGGACCGGGAGCACGAGAGCACGCUGCACCUCCUCAACAUAGUGCACCAAGGGCCGGGGGGCCGGAAGGCAAAGGGCAGCCGGGCUUCGAACCAGCAGCCUCCGGAGUACAGCAGGAGCAACGGGGAGCAGAAGGCGUCGGAGGGCGAGCAGAAGAUUUCCACGCGCAUAGCGAUUCAAGGAUCUUUGCGGAGGAAGAUUGAGGGACACGCGCCGGGACACCCCCCGAAGAACGGGCUCUCCUGUGGUUUCUCUGGAUCGGACUUUAAGAGAGUCCGGGUGGAUGCCGGCGCUUUGGGACACGGGCCCUGCAGCCACAACCUAACCCAGCCCCACUCCCUGCAGGGCUCCUCUGUCAUGGGCAUGCAGAGGAAGAACUACGUCAUGCCCCACGGGGUGGGGUCGGACAUAUUCAACAUGACCCUGAAAGAAAUGAAAAAGGAGCCCACCGAGGUCCACUCCUGUGGCCAGUCCGCCGCGGAGAUGAUGUUCGACUUCAAAGAUGAAGGCGGAGGUCAGAUCGACCCCGAGCUCCAGGAUCUGUUUGAUGAGCUGACGAAGUCGGUGCCGCCGCUGAACGACCUGGAGUUUGAGAAGAUGCUGAAGCAGGACGACGCCUUCGGCCUGGACCUGGGCCGGCCCAACUCCGCGGGCGCGGCCGCCAGCCUGUGCUCCCCCAUGGACAAGCCCAUAAAGGUGGAGCACUCCCCCGACUACGGCCCGGCCCACGGCGGCUCGCCGCAGCUGCGCCCGGCCUCGGCCGGGCCCUCGUUCGCGCUGACCGGCGCCGCCUCCAGCGCGACGCCGCAGAAGGCCGGCGCCCCAGCGGGGCACAGAACCAUGCCCUGCUGGCCCGAGAUUUCCCACGCCGAGCAGCUGAAGCAGAUGGCGGCGAACCAGCAGCAGCCGAGCUCGCUGCUCCAUCACCACCUCCACCAGACGCCCCCUGCUGGGCUGAGCAGCUGGGCGCCCGCGCUGGGAACCCACUCCUCCGCCGGCGCCUUCCCCCAGGACAAGGUCUCGCCGCCGGCGCUGGCCCAGCAGAGGAUGGGCUCCCAGAGCAAAGGCGUCAACAACUGCCUCUUCAAGUCCAACGGCCACGACGGCGCCCACCAUUUGGACCUGAAGGCUCUCGGCACCAAGCCCACGCUGCACUUCAGCCCCAAGGCGUCGCAUCCGGCCGGUCAGCCCAUGCCCGUCAUGUCCAGCUCAGUGAAGACGUCGGCUCCGCCGCCACCGCCGUCCACGGGCCACGGGCGGCCGCAUCCGCUCCACUACCAGAACCAGCAGAUGGCCACGCCGGGGCCCCUGUGCCUGCAGCCCAAGGCUGCUCCUGCAGGGCUGCCCUUCAAAGCGUCGCAGCAGCGGCAGGGCGUUCCACCCGGUCCUCGGUUGCCCACAGGCGGAGGCUUGGGGGUCAUGUCUCCCCAGCCGCGACCCCCAGCGCCGACCAGCCAGAAAGGCCCGGUCAAAGCCCAGGCCAUGCAGAGGCAGCUCAGCCAGCAGCAGCAGCAGCAGCACGUGAUCGGCACUAAGGAUAAAGAUAAUGCACACGAUCAGUUCAGUCGUCAUCUCACGCGACCGCCCCCUGAUUAUAAGCAGACGAGGAGCAUGGUGGGAGUUCAGCAGGGAAGCAUCUUUCCAGACCAGAGCUCCUCCAGGUCUCCCAACACUGUCCCUGAAAAUGAGCUGCAGUCCAUGUCCUGCCACCUCUCGAGUGGAUCUGGUUCGAAGAUGAGUCCUUCGCCAUCAGACCACAGAUUCGGUCUAGGGACCGACUGUCACCUGAAUUCCUGUAUCAGCCCAUUCCAGCAGCUCAACAAUCCGAAUCGGGUCGGAUUAAACCCGAACAAACCGAGGUUCCUGGGGCCGAGCGCACAGGGAGCCUCCUUCGGGAUGAGCAACGUAGCGAGCGUCCAGCACCCGAGGACAGCGGCCGACCUGCAUCCGUCCGGAGGACUGGGUCAGGGCCUCGGAGGCCUGAUGUCAAACGUCACCAUGGGCUGGGGCUCGGGCAACAAGCAGGUGGCGGGCGGACUGGGCGUGCGGCGGUUGCCCAACCUGCUGCAGGACGUGGCGAACCAUGCGUACCCGCAGAGGCACCUCGGGCCUCCCAACCAGAUAGCCCCAGACAUUGGCAUGCUGCCUCUUAACCCCUCCGUCAGAGACGCGGGGCCCCGGCCCAGCCAGCCGCUCAUGGGCUCUCCAUCAGGGGUGGGGAACCUGAACCAGGCCUCCCCUGAACAGAGGGUGCCGGCGGGGAACUUCGCCGCCGAGCCCUGUUCCAGCUCUGGCGGCUACCAGAAUAACAGAGCCAGCCACCUGACCUUUGACUUCCUGCCUGAGGGAGACAACACGGUUCCCGGCAUCAACACGGACUCCGACUUCAUAGACUCGCUGCUCAAGUCGGGCUCCGGUAACGAUGACUGGAUGAAAGACAUCAAUUUGGACGAGAUUCUGGGCGGUCACUCGUGAAUUUGGGAGGUUACUAAAAAUUCACCCGCAGCUCACAUUUUAGAGCUUAUGUACAGUGUCUUAGUUGAAGAUGGUGUAAAAAAUGUUAAAAAGCAAUUUUAUAAACUCAUAAUUUGUUAUCCAACUAUACUAUAUUGUUUUGUAUGAUAUCCACUGUGAAGCAAAUUUGUUCUGUCCUCUUUAUAACAUGCACUUGGUUUAUUGACCAAGAGCCUGGUUUUCUUUACAGUCAGUGUUUUUGUGCUCUCUUUGUUAUAUUCAUGCUGUAGCGCUGUCGUAAAGGAUGAAAUACCAAUUUCACACUGUGAAAAAAAACUUUGCUGUGUUGCUUUUAAAUGAAUCUGAGUAAUUCACGUUAUAUUUCUAAAUCCACUUUUUAGCAUGAUAUGCUAUUUAACUGCAGACGUUUUGCUACUAUACACAGAAUCCUGCCAAGUCAAAUGUUUUCUGUUUAACCUUUUCAUCUGUGGUAGUUUCUGAUGCAAUUUGAAUAAUGUAACCAUAAUUUUUUCCAUGUGAUAUUUAAUAAUUAUUGGGAUAGUAGAGAAACAUUAUAAUAUGUCUAAUUAAUAAAGUUGAUUUGAAUAAA